AUGGAAACCAAAUCACACUUUCUUGAUAGCACCAGCAAACGAUUGCUAAAUAAGCAGUCAGAUACUGUUGUGUCAAAAGAAUUGAGAACAUGUGCACUUUGCUUCAAGAAAUUUUCCACAUUCAAUGAAUAUGGAAAGCACAUAAGCGAGGUGCACAACCUUCAUGGCUGUCACAAAUGUCCUAAACUCUUCACUGCAACAUCCAACUUGAAUCGACACAUGAAGUUGCACUUGGGCAUCAAGCAAUACAGGUGUCAACUCUGCCAUGCUGCUUUUGCUAGGAAUUAUUACCUGAAACAGCACAUGAACAAACACAUCUCUCAGGCUGCUGGCACCUCUGAAGAAAAUAGGGAUAAAGAGAUCAGUUGCAGUUUAUGCUUCAAAACGUUCUCCAGAACUGACAUAAUGAAGGAACAUAGACUGACUCACACAAUUAGCUACAAAGAAAAUAAAUGUCAGGUUUGCAGUUUCAUUAGCGAGAAAAAAUCAUUACUUCUCAGUCACCUGAAAAAAUGCUUCAGAAAGAACAACGCAAACUUCCUUGACUAUUAA